AUCUAUACGAAAUAAGUAAUUAUCACUCCACUUACAUCUUUUGUUGAAUUGAGAUAAUUACAAAUCAUGUAACACUCAAGAAAAUUUGGAAAAUAUGUCACUGCUGGAAUUUAUAAUCAUUGUCAAUUUGUGUGAAUUGAAAUAAAUAUUUAUCUGUUUAUCAAGUUCUUAAAUAGAGCAAUAUACAAUGUGUGUGAUGGAUUUAUCUCCAAACGAACAAAAUUUGACACAGAUACUUGAUAAAUUACAGGAAGAUGAGAUUAGGAUAGAACAAAAUUUAGAAGGUAUACUUUCAAGACAGUAUCAUGUAGAAGCAAAACUGCAAAAUAUAAGCAAAGUUUUACCUAAUGUUAACAUCAUACGUACAGAAGGAGAAAAAUUCUGCAGUAUGAUUGCGCAUACCAAUGAUUUAGCAAAAAAUGUCAGCGCUAAAGUAAGACAAUUAGAUUUAGCAAGGAGCAGAGUAUAUGAAUGUCAAAGACGCGUUAAUGACAUUCUUGAUUUACAAUUAUGCAGUGAAGGAGUAGCUAUGGCAUUGCGUAAUGAAGACUACGAGCAAGGAGCUGCGCAUGUUCAUCGUUACCUAUCAAUGGAUCAACAAUUAUUAGAAAGAACAGCUGAAGAUAUCUUGAUGGAUCAUACCAGCAUUAGUAGUUCUCUAAUUACUUUACAACAAGCUGCUUUGCAACUUAGAACCGUAGUUACUCAUAAAUUUGAUGAAGCAGUCAAGUCAGAAGAUCUUGCUUCUGUUGAAAGGUUCUUCAAAAUAUUUCCUUUAUUGGGAAUGCAUAUUGAAGGACUUAAAAAGUUUUGCAGUUAUUUAUGUACAAAGUUACACGAAACGGCGCAAAAAAAUUUGAAAGCAGCUUUGGAAAUUAAAAGUAAUGAUAAAAGAGUUUCGGUUAUCUUUGCCGAUACUAUGACAUUAUUAUUUGAGGGAAUUGCUCGAAUCGUAGAAAUACAUCAACCAAUAAUUGAAACGUAUUAUGGACCUGGAAGAUUGUUAAUGACAAUUUCUGUUCUGCAAAAAGAAUGUGACAGGCAAGCUAAAAAGAUUAUUGCAGAAUUUAUGAAGCACAGAUGUAUAUCUAAAAAAAUACAGAUGGUGAAUGAUCAUCUUCGAAAACCAAGUUCUGAAAGGGCAGAUCCUAAAGAAUUUGACUUAUUAUUAGGAGAAAUUACCAUAAUGCAUUCACGAGCAGAAUUAUACAUUCGAUUUUUAAAAAGGAGAGUUAAGAAUGAUAUAGAAAUUAGUGCAACAAACGACGCACAGUUUAAAAACUUAAUGAAUGAAUUUGAAACUAUUAUUAGUAAUUCUGAUUUAGCACGUGGAAUGCAAGAACUUUUGGGCGCAUAUCUUGCUUUAGAAAGGUAUUUUCUCGAAGAAAGUGUGAGCAAAGCAUUGGGGAUGGACACCUUGGAUCAGGAUCAGCUAACAUCUAGCAUGGUUGACGAUGUUUUCUUCAUAGUACAAAAAUGUAUUAGGCGUUCUAUGUCGAGUUGGAGCAUAGACGGAGUAUGUGCCGUGGUUAAUAUGGCUUGUGGUAUUUUAGAAGGAGAAUUUGCAAAUAGAUUACGAAAUCGAUUACGACAAGGUUAUCCAGCUGGAUAUUUAGAUUUGGCUCAAGCUUAUAGCGCUCUUCAAACAAGUAUUCAACACGGUCGUCUACAAACUUCAGAUACCGAACUCGCUCGUUUAAUGUUUUUGGCAUAUCUAAACAAUACCGAUGUAAGUAUCGAAUAUGUUGAGACACUGUGCAAAAGCCUUAGCACAGAAAUAGAUGCCACAUUUCCUAAUAUGCAAGAUAAAGAGAGGGGCAAAAUUGAUAGUUGUUUGUCUGGUUUAAAAGGCGUUAUGUCGAUUUUGCGAGCUGUUACAGAUUAUGGCUUAGAACAGUUACGCGUAAGCGCUGUUAAACCUAGAGUUACGCCUUGGGUUGAUGCUUUUCUGUCGAUAGAUCAUCACGUGAACGAGGAUGAUUUAUUAAGAUACGAAACGGAAGAGCCUUUUGUACAAACAUUAAUCAUGCAUUUAGACGGCCUGCUUCAAAGUUUUAAAGGAAGUCUGACAACAUCUAAUUACGAUGCGUUAAUUGGUCUUCUUACUGCUGAAGUUACAGCUCGUUUUGAAAAAGUUGUAUUAAAGUCGACUUUCAAUAGGGCAGGAGGUCUCAUACUUGAUAAAGAAAUUAGAUCAUUAGCAAGUUAUUUAGCUGCAGUUACUUCUUGGUCUGUACGCGAUAAGUUUGCACGUCUAACGCAAAUAGCUACCAUAUUAAGCGUAGAAAAAGUGGAAGAACUAGCCGAUUACUGCGGUGCAGAUGCAAUAGCAUGGAGAUUGACACCCGCGGAAGUUCGACGAAUUGCUUCUUUAAGGAUAGAUUUUCGCCCGGAAGAUAUAAAAAGACUAAAACUCUAAUCAAUUUUCGUACUAUUCGGUCUUUAACUAAUGUAAUUUGUAUGGAAAUAAAAAAUUUUCAAAAUAAACAUAAAAGGUAGUUUCAACUUAAAUGUUAUGGUUUAUCGAAUACACUAUAAAUAUGUUUUAACAUCUUUAUUACUGAUAAAUUUCAAAGUUGUACAUUUUUUUUUUUACAUAAUUACAACAUCGCUGGUUAAUUCAUUUUCUUUAUUUAAAUUUUAUAGGAACUACAUUGAUAACAUUGAUUCUUUAUUUCUUUUAGGUACACGGAAAAUUAGAAUACUUACAUACUACCAUUAAGUCUAAUAUCACAGUCGUACGUAUGCAAAAAUUUAUUUUUCGUAAAAAUUCAUCCUAACAAUUUAUUGGAAAAUGGAUCAUAUUUCUAUAUAUUAUAUACACCUCAUGUCUUUUAAGAGUUGUGUUCAUAAUUUACAUUUAUUUUACCAAUUUUUUACUUUACUAAUAUCUUCUUACCUAUUCCCAGUUUUUGGUACCUUGUUUAGCUAUCCGCAAAAUUCGAAAAUGCGCAAUUCACUUUUUCUUAUUACGAAGUCUUCAUUGCUGGUAUCUUCUUUUCAUUCUUGUACAUUCUUCUUAAUGAAAUUACGACGCGCUAGUUUCUCCUCUUCUUCAGGAACAUCCCACGAAGUCCCAUGUUGAAUCCUUUGAUCCCACGAAAAUAGAAAAUUGAAAACUAUUCGCAUCUUAUGGAAUUCCGUAUUGACGUUUUUUUUCAAUUUCAAAAAGUCCUGAAUGAUUGAAAAUAAUUCUUCGCGUUACAAAGUUUCAAACAUUGUUAUAUCGACAAAUUAUUAUUUACCAUUAAAUCUUACAUUGAGAUUAUCCUUAUCCCAUGAAGUUCAGACAUAGCAAUCUUUUUCGCAUCUCAAGUUUAAUGCUUUUUCUUAUCUCAUUAAAUUUAGAAAUAUUAGAAGUAGCCUUCUCUUUUCCAAGUCCUACGAAGUAUAACGAAAUCCCACAUUUACAAAUGUUUAUGUUCUACUUGGUCAAGAAUCGGCAGUAAACUUUACGAGAUUCCACAGAGUCCAUCGGUGACUCUUUCCAUAUACGUCAAAAUUCCACGAAAUGCUACGUCAUCAGCUAUUCGCGAUAUCUUCCAAUGUUGACAGCUAUCCAUGUCCCACGAUGUCCCACGAUGUCCUAGGUUGACAGCUAUCCGCGUCCUACCAAGUCCCACGUUGAUAACCAUCCACGUCCCACGAAGUCCCACGUUGACGGUUACUAUUAGUAUCCCACGAAGUCCCACGUUGGCGGUUACUAUUAGUAUCC